AUGAGACCGAGCUCCGUGGACCACACGCCGGAUACGAGACGAAUCGGACAUGCAUUCGGGAAAAUCGAAGACCGCACCAUCUCCCAGAAAAAAACGGCGAUUGACGAAGCCGACAAAGAAGUAAAGGACUGGAUUCCCAUCGUCCAGCUCAAAAGCCAGAAUCACGGAUUCUCGCAGCUGCAACAGAAAUCGGACAGCAAUCCGUCUCCCGCACCGCUACCAACAAAGGACUGCUCCAUGUCGCUCGCAUUUGAAAAGAUGGACGAACGAUUUGGAGGAAUGGACACAGCCAGAGAUGGCACAUGUGAUUGGCUGUUCCGACACUCUGUGUACAAGGACUGGGCUGCAAGCAGCAGUGGCUUGCUCUGGAUUAAGGGUAAACCGGGAUCUGGCAAGUCCACGUUGCUCCGUUUCGCCCUCAGCAAGUUCAUUUCUGACUCUCUAUCCCAACACAAUCAUACCGACAUCGACGACCAUCCCCCUCCUAUUUUGCUGUACUUUUUCUUCCACGGACGUGGUAUCGAAUUACAAAAGACGCUGAUCGGCCUCUUUCGCACUAUGCUGUACCAGCUGCUCAAAGAGGCUCCCGAUUCCUUGCAAGAACUUGUCGAGACAUAUCAAGACCGUUGCCAGAGCAGAGGCAAGCCGGGGAAAGAGUGGCACUGGCAGCUAAAAGAGCUCCAAGAUUCUUUGCUACACGCACUACUCUGUGUUCUAAAAGUCCGGCCAGUACAACUAUUUGUUGACGCCCUCGACGAAGGUGGCAGGCAAAAUGCUUGCGAUGCCGUGGAGUGGUUCAAGCUACUACUGAAGCGCAUGUCUGCCGCCGAUACUUCAAAUUCUAGCUUUCCGUGCCAUGUCUGCUUCACUUGUCGUCAUUACCCCAUCCUCAGCCUAGAUGGUGGAUUUCAGAUAUGCGUUGAGCACGAAAAUGGCCAAGAUAUCUCGACGUAUGUGCACGAUCGGCUAUCAAGCUCCCGUAUAUCACCCGAGCUCAUUAUACAAAGAGCCAAUGGCGUCUUUCUGUGGUGUCGUCUUGUUCUGGAUAAAAUCAUACCGGGUGAGAUGGACGGGGAUGGCGACAUCGAAAAGCAGAUCGAAAGCACACCGCCACAUCUCGAUGAUCUAUACCUCAAUCUUAUAGACACCGUGGACAAGGAAAAAAGAGCAAUCUCGCUACGGCUGAUGCAGUGGGUAUGCUUCAGCGCUAGGCCACUGACCUUGGAUGAAAUGCGUUGGGCCCUAGUCGUGAGCGCGCAAUGUCCACAUCCUUCCCUGGAGCAGUGCGAGUCUGACACAGACUAUGCGCCUAACAACGAAACUUUGAAGAGAAAGCUGAAGCGUUUAGGAUGUGGUCUCGUGGAGACAGUGCUGUCUGUCGAAGAUGAAAAGGUUGUGGAGAUCGUACAAUUCAUUCACCAGUCAAUCAAGGAUUUUUUUUCAAAGGUCGGCUUGCGAGCUAUGACGGGCGAUAAAACGACAUCGAACACAGGCAUCGUCGACACCUCGGGUUCUGAAAAGGCCAUAAUCAACGUGGUCUCAGCAGCCCACUAUCAUAUAUCUAGGUCCUGCCUGCGGUAUUUAGGGAUGGAAGAGUUCGACGAAUCGAACAUGCUCUUCUUUGGUGAGCGUGACCAACUAGUCCGAGCUUUCCCCCUGGUACAAUACGCCGCAACACUGUGGGAAUUUCAUGCCAGGGAGACGGAAGAAAGCGAACAGGCCGACAUUCUGGAAUAUUUCUCCUGGCCCUCGGACACUAUGCUUGAGGACUGGAUGCGAAUACGUUUGCUUUUGAACGCACACCCGAGAGACCGCCUGCCACACAACUCUAGCUUGAUGCACGUGGCAAUAUAUAGUCGCUUGCCAGGACUAUUGCGAGCACUUGUACAGAAAGCGCUCGCCGUUGGUUUUGAUAUCGACCUUGGGGACUCUGGAGGGGACUCGCCGCUGCUUGUGGCUGCCCAAACCGGACAGGAAAAUGCGAUACGGCUUCUGCUAAAUACGGGUGAGGUCGACGUCAACAGGCAAGGCCGAGACGACUACACACCACUGUCGUGGGCAGCGAGCGAGGGUUAUGUAUCCAUUGCUAAGCUUCUUCUCGGGAUGGAGGCGACAAAUAUCCACUUAGAGGACAGCAUUGGAUGUACACCGCUAGCACUAGCAGCCAUAAAUGGUAGCAAGGUCAUCGCACAAGCUCUGCUCGAUGCUGGAGCUGUUGUCGACUCGAAGGAUCAUGACGGCGACACCCCACUCAAGGCGGCCGCAGAACAUGGAAAUGUGGAAGUUGUAAAGCUACUUCUGGACACUGGAGAUGUGGACACAAAAAUCGAGGAUCGAAACGGCUGGACGCCGUUGGUGUGGUCUGCUAGGAACGGCCACGACCCCGUUGUGCGGCUGCUUCUCAGAAUGGGUAAUCCUGAUGUCGACCACAAGGACAUAUAUGGUCGCACCGCACUGUCAUGGACGGCAGAAUAUGGACACUCGACAGUGGUAUGGACACUCGUCAACGUGGGCAAGGCCGACAUCAACACGAAGGACGACGAGGGAGCAACACCGCUUUCAUGGGCUGCUAGAGAGGGACAGGGUACGGUUGUGAGUGUGCUUUUGCUGCACAAGGAGAUUGAUGUCGACUGCAAAGACUGCGAGGGCCGCACAGCGCUCUUCUGGGCAGCCAAGGCCGGCAGCGAGGCAGUUGUGCGGAGGCUCCUCGAGACAGGCAAAGCGGACGCCAAUGUGACGGACAAAGAGGGCGACACCCCACUGUCGGUGGCAGCCAAGAAGGAGCACCAUGGCGUUGCGCAGCUGUUGCGGCCGUUAACUGCGACUCGCCCUCCCCUCAAUGAACGAAGCAACAGCAUUUCGCCAAACGAGGAGGACAAUGCGACCGAAGUUGGAGAGAGUCCUUCGGUAGAUGGCGGCAGCCUGACGACGGCUGGAGACAGCUAUAUAUCUGUCAAGGACCGCUUCUCGGCAGUCGAUGUGAGCUUUGCGGCAGUCAAGAACACCAGAUUUGUGGCGGCAAAAGACAAGGAUGACAAUGUGGUUUCGUCAGUUGAAGCACCAUUAGCGGCCAUCUCGAUUCAGGCGGCAUAA